AUGGCGCCUAUCCUUGAAAAGAUCCUGACAGGAAAGGAGACAUCGCCCUUCAUCCUUGUCAAGGACACGCUCGAGCAGUCGGGUCAAGUCCUUGGCCUGGAAUUGUUAGGCAACACACCUACAGAUCAUACCAUUGUCCUGGUCUGUGCAGAGACAGCUCCUGAUCGGCUCUUAUCCUUGGUUAAGGGUUCACAUCUCAAAGUCAUCGUCGAUUGUUACUCCAAUCCUCUGGGAUGGACCGACACAUAUCAAGCAUCAAUAUCAAAGAUAAGCUCUGCUUCUGGCCGAACAGCUGCAGAGUCGCAUGUCACCAAAAUCAUCCCUACUAGUCUCAGGAACAUUAGAAGGGCGACCAAAGUCAUCAUGGAGCUCAUCUCCUCUCAGAACUCUAACUUCACAGUCUACUUCGACUCGCUUUCACAGUUUCUGAUUGCCUCCGUUCCGGACACAUUUAAUUUAAUCCGUUCAAUUACAGGGCUUUUGACAGAUACGUCUCGUAUAAUUGCUGUAUAUCAUGAGGAUGUCCCGGAUGCCGAUAGUUUCUUUCCGGAUGCCUCAAAACCGUUUGCGGCUAAUGGCUUGGCCCACAUCGCCACAACAUUGAUCACUUUGACGAACAGUGAGGCUCUUCGACAGGAUCAGGAGGAUUUGCGACGUGGAAUGGUAGCAGGGAACGAAUUUUGCUACCUCACGGUGCACGGCAACGCAUGGGAUUCUGCCAUCUGCGAGAUCGAGCAUAAGAGGAAGUCCGGAAAAGUGGCGAGAGAGACCAACGCGUACCACUUGGAGUCGCCUACUGGAGAACUAGUUGUCGUGAAUGUCUGGGAUGUCGUUGGAGAAAUGCCGGAUAUUGAAAAGCUAGACCUGGAGGAAUCUCAAACGGCGGAUCCUGCUGCGAACCUGUCGUUUAACCUCAACCUGACUGAGGAACAGAGACGAGCGAAAAAUGACACAGUCUUGCCGUACCUAAAGACACAAGAAUCGACAGGUGCCAUCUACUACGAGCCAGACAAAGGAGACGACUUUGAUGACGAUGAUCCGGACGACGACUUGACCAUUUAA